GGAGAGGUGAUGGAGAUUUACUGAAACCUAAUGGGACUCAGAAGUUGGAGAUUCCCCAGCCGCUCCUCUCCGAACAUCAGCGAGGCGGUGAAUAAGGAGUCGUAUCCUCUCCUUCAUAGAAAUGCUCUGGCUCCGUGGAGGCUCCUGAGGAGCAGAAGGGAAGAUCUGGACGGUGAGCAGCGAUGGAGACAGACGUCUCCCUCUCUCUGCAGCUCGACUCGUCCUGAUGAACCUCAGAAAGUAAAGGUGGGUUUAUCCAGCGCUGCUCCUCGAUUAAUCCGGACCCUCAGCGUACCUGAGACCAGCUCCACCUGCCCUCCACCUGGAUUCUCCUCCAUCACCAUCACCGCUCGAAGACUUUCCUUCAGCGGGGAGCUCUCCAACCAACAAACCCUGGGAGGACAUCAAGGAUUAAACCCCAUGACCCGACCUGAGCUGCUUCAUCAUCAUCAUCGAGCAUCCUCUUCCUCAGGAGUGAGAUUGAGAGAUAAUGAUGAUGAUGAUGAUGAUGAUGAUGAUGGUGAUGAUGAUACAGCAGUAAAGAAGAAGAUAUCAGGAGAGAAGAUUCCUGAACACAGACACAGUUUUACUGAUAGUAGAACAUCCAGAAACGAAGCUCAUGAAGCUCCUCCAGUCUCAAAACGCCACAUCUUUCGCUCCUGUGCUCACCUGGACCUUCUACCUGGACCCUCCCAGUCCUCCAGCUCCAUCCUUUACCUGAAUAAAUCCUUCUCUAUAUCUCUGGGACGCCCUUCUCCUCAAACCAUGCAGAGAUCCACUCUCUCACUUCAGCUCAGAGGGAGUUUCAGCUCCUCCAGUGACUGGAAUUUACUGGAUUUUACUCAGAAUGGAAAAGGAGAACAAUUACAGUGCUUUGAGGACACCACCUCCACCUCCUCCUCCAUCACCUCCAUCACCUCCAUCACCUUCACCACUGUCAACUCCAGACCCACCAGCUCAGACUCCACUCCAGCGACGGACACUUUAGCUCCGGCUCCAUUCAGAGCGAGGAGCCACUCAUCCUCAUCUUCAUCCUCAUCCUCAGCAGCAGCAGCAGCAGUAUCUGGAUCUGUGGUCCGGCUGAAUGGAAAGACUAAUGGCGUCUCUGGGCCUCAGAAAAGCAGCAGUGGAAGAGGAAGUCCUGAUGACUCAGAUAACUCUAGAGGGAAUAUAAGAAGCUCUGAAGACGGCCGAGCGCUGAGAGUUCGUUCUGAUACGGUUCUGAAAGUUCAGGAGUGUCCAGUUUCUCCACACGUGCUGAAUUGUAGCUGCGGAUGCAGCAGAAACCAGCCCGGCUUCCUCAGCCUGAAGGAGGCUCUGGAGCUCUUUCGACCCGACUUCAUCUCCCGCUCUCAGAGACGAAUCCGCAAACUGGAGCAAAAGACCAGAGAGAGGCGGAGCUUACAGAGCACAGAUGAGAUGGGGACGGACUCAACCAAUAGGAAGCAAAAUUGCACCAAGCCACAUCCACUUAGUGAUAACCUUUUCAAACCCAAGGACAGGGUGAUUUCGGGCAAGGAGAUGCAGCUCAGAUCUCGACGGAUUUACAACAAACUCCCGGAGGUGACGAAGAAAAAGGAAGAAGAGAAGAGGAGGAUGGUGCUGCAGACCAACCGACUGAGAGCUGAAGUUUUCAAGAAGGCUUCUGCUUCACGCCUGGUCGAAGAGCGAGGACCUCCAGGCCUUUACGAUAAAAAGAUGGCGCUCCUGUAG